GAUUGUAGAGACGGAUUCAGUAGUCUGGCUCUCGGCAGGCAGUGCUGACUCCUUUCAAAUCGAGUAAUCGUGCGGCUUCCUAUUUUUCCCCUACCCUGCUCAAAUCAGCUCCGUAUCUCGUAGUAAUGAGCAGGGAUUCUUCUCAGCCCGUAAGCGAGGCGACGUCCAAGCGCAUUUGCUUGCUUGGCACGCUCCCCCCCUCACCUCGCUUGCGCGCCAAUCACUUUGGAAAAGAUGGACGUGCGCGUGGAGAAAAUAUUGACCCGCCCCCGGCCCGGCCCUGAAUGAGAAGAGAGACAAAGAGCAAGAAGCGUACAAUGUGCCCGGGUCCGAAGGGCUGGAAGACUUGUACCAGAGCAGCUACUUGGGGAGAGGGGGAGCAAGAUCGGGCUGUACUCAUAUACCGAGCAUUGCUGUCUACAUGUGAUUAUCUGCAGUUGUGGGUGAGCGGAGGCACUGGCGUGGCGUUGAGGCAUUCACGUAUCGUAUCGGCUUGUGAGCUAUGCGGAAAGAGAGGAGGGUGUGUGAGGGUACGGGCGCGCCUCGGAGCCGAGAUGCCGCUCGGGCACCACGACCAUCUCACCCGUGCUCGGCAUAGCGUCAAGGCCUGGCUGCGCCAACAUUGUGCUGCACCGAGAUCUAUAACGCUACUAUGCUGCAUUUUUGUACUGUUUGUGUCCUGGUGGCAGUGCGAUCUACGAGCAAAGACCUAGUAAGAGUGUCUGUUGGACAACUGCGCUUGCUUGAAGAGAACCAGCAAGGGUAGUCACCCUAUUCA